GCUAGCUGGCAUACAGUUGAGGAUAGAAGAGUCCUGGGGUCGUCCCACACACCAGAACCCUCUCUCUCCCGACGACCCCAAUACCCUCAAGCCAAUCUCAGAGGAUAAGGAGAGUUUUCUUCUGCCCGUACCUUCAUUUGGACCUGGUGGUAACAUCCAGCGUCCUGUCAGUCCUCUAGUCGAGGACACUGAGGGCGAGGAAGGAGAGGGGGAGACGGGAGGAGGUGGUGGGAUUCUCAAGAAGUUCAACACGGGAGUGUCAACCCCCGGAGCUCCCAAGGCGGUCCCGACACAGCCGACUCCGCGGACUACCGCCAACAGCAUCCUCAGGAAGUGUUAUCCUUCUAGUAGUCCUCAGGCACCCUUCCUUCCCUCGGGACAUCUGGAGGACUGCCUCCCUCCCUGCUACCAUGGCGCCAAGACUAUGGCCAAACUUAUCAAGGAACAGAAACGGAAGCUGUUCCACACCUCAGUGUAUGAGUCGGAGAUACAACUCAAGAAGUUGUACAUACAAACAUGCAGACGGCUGCCGGCUCAUGGCUGCAAAGUGUACCAGGUCAAGGAGCUGCUGCGUGGCAAGACUAAGAAAAAGGCUGCUCGGCUGCUUGGCCUCGGACCCGAUAAGAUUGUUCUACUUGACAAUAAGACCAAAAUAUUAGCAAAAUCACAAAAUACUUCAGAUUUAAUCCAGUGGAGGACUGGUGGCGGUCGGUCCCAUGACAGACUACAGUUGGAGUUCCGCGCGGCGAGGUGGAGCUUGGUGGUGUCUUCUGUUACCCACAUGCGUCAAGUGGGCCUCGCUCUAUGGGAGAUUCUUCAGGGGCUCGACUGUACCUUCCUGGAGGAACACACCCUUCUCAGCCGUCUUCCAAACCAAGAUCUGGUGAAGCGCGUCGUGGUGCCACUGCAGGUGCUGCACUCGGCAGAGCUGGAGGAACUGCAGCGACUGUUACACUUCCCGGAGGAGGUGGCGUUGCGGCUAGCCGAUACGGAGAAUGAGCUGUUCUAUGCGGUGCCGCCCAUUGACUAUCUGCGACAAGUCACACUGGACCUCGGUGGUACGCCCACGCAAGCCACAGACACACCCCGCGCAUCUGUGCGCGCCCUUGUCAAGCGCUUUAACGAGGUGAGCUCGUGGGUGACGCAUCUCAUCAUCUCUCAGCCAACUCAUGAAGACCGCAAGUGUGUGUUGUCUUGCAUCCUACGAGUGGCGCUCUGCUGCUGGAACAUCGGCAACUUCAAUGGAGCCAUGGAGAUUGUCGCUGGGUUGAAGUCCAACAAGCUGAAGCCGUUCUGGUUGUCAAUUACUGAGAAAGAGCCUCUGCCAGUGCUGGAGUUCCUCUCCACGGCGCUCUUGUCUGUUGAGUACGAUAGAGCGCUGAGUCGUGCGCUUGCCAUGCCAGAGUGUAAAGUUGUGCCUUUCUUCGGAGCAUUCCUUAGAGACCUAAGAGACAUUCUGUCAACAACACCAAGCCUAGUUGUGCUGGCCCCGAGUGGCGAGCACACUCAUUUAGAGUUUAUAUCGGAUUACAAUGGGGAGGACCAUUACUUCACGAGGAUUGGUCCUGGUGGUUUGAUCAACUUGGACAAGAUCUACCGUACACAGGCAGUCAUGGACCGCAUUGCAAGCUUCCAUCAGCACUACCACCAUCGAGAGAGAGAUACAGAGACUUUCAUUGAUCAAAUCAGUAUUCACACUUCCAGUAUUGAAAGGUCAUAUCUUUUGGAAGAAAAAGAAGAUGAAACAAGUGAGCAGGACACAUACCAGCCGGUUCAACCUCUGAACAACGAUCAUGGCGUCAGUUUCUUCCCAAUAUCUGCCCCUCACAACAACAUCAACCAUCACACUUUGCAGAUAAUGCACCAUGGAACCACCAUGGUCCACUGGGACGCGGAGGGAGGGUCCCGAGCUUCUCUAGUGUACCUGAGACUGGAGCGCAGUUGUGCCACUCUUACCUGGUCUAGACCCACGUGGAGCGGCCUCAAGACCAGUGGUGCCACCUCCACAGCUGACUACAGUCUCAGUACCAACCCUGAAGAGCUCAUCGCCCCUGGACUGCUCAGUAUGGGGGGUGAAGUAGCUUCCCCUGGGCUGGAGGAGGGCUUCCUGGAACUGUCUGCUGUUAAGGAGAUAACACUGGGUGCUCGAGACAAAGAUAAGGACUUGGACCUGACCAACACACUAAGGCGUUUCAACAUCAGCCAUAUCCCCAUAGACAAGAGCUGUCUAGCUAUAGUGUACGGAGCCAACCUCAGUGACAACCGAGUGCUUUUCCUGCUGUGUCCACCCUCCCUGUGCUGGACAUGGUAUCACGGGUUGUGUUCUGUGGUGAGAGGAUUGAAGAGGCAGUUGCAGCAAAGUGACAGGAGGAUCAUCUGGCUGAAGGAGCAAUACUUGCAACUGUACUAUGAGGAGGGCUGCUGUGGGCCUCUAACAGUGGACGCCAUCAGGGUGUUUGGAGGUAGAGACUGGUCUGACCCUAACAAGAUCACUGGAAUGUCACCACCAGACAAUGGGACCUGCAAACGAGGGCCCUCUGUCAAGUUUAAGAAGAAAAGAUCCAUUGGGAACAUUCAAACUCUUAAGCAAGACCUGGCGUGUAGCAAGAUGGCAGAGUUUGGGGAGCUUGUAGGAGGUGGUACACUAAGGCGGGGGGGGCCAAGUCCCGGUGCCCCGCCCAGCCGUAGCCGCAGCAUCUCCAGUGAGAUGGAAGUUCCCCGCAUCACCAUGCUGGCCCAGAGCCCACACGGGUCAUCUGACCACAUAGACACCUCUAGUCCCACACACCUUGCCAGGGAAAAGAUGAAAACAGAUGUCUUUGCUCAGAUCCGGAAUUUUCGACACGGAUCUAUAACUCACGAAACACAAUUGGAUUUCAAUGACUUUGUUGCCUUAUUUCGAUCAUUCAGCCUGAGAUCCAGAAAGGACUUGCGGGAACUGUUUGAUCAGUUAGCCAUGUCUUGCAGAAGUCUAUCCGACAGCUCUCUCAACGACUCAAGUGCCAAAAACUCACCAGAACAAACAACUAAAGUACCAAAAAUAGGUCUAUUAACAAGGAACAGCUCAGCGGAUCUCAUGGAAUACAAAAGCACACCAAUUCAACAAAAAAAGAAAAUCUUUGAUGCAAUUGCUGCAUCAAGUAUCAUUUCUAAUUGUGCAGGAGUUGAUACUUCCAAAUCUCAAGUCAUUACUCUUGCAAACUUUAUGACUUUUUUAGAAACGAAACAAAUGGAACAUCGCUCUGAAGAAAAAGUCAAAGAACUAAUUCAGCGACACGAGCCAGAUCCUAUUUUGCGCUCACAGAACUGCCUCUCAUUCGAAGGGUUUGCUCGCUACAUGAUGGAUAAGGAGAACUUUGCCUUUGUGAGUGAGCGAGUGAGUCCAGAUCCCAAUGAGAUGGAGUACCCCUUGUCGCACUACUACAUCGCCUCGUCUCACAAUACCUAUCUCACUGGACACCAGCUGAAGGGUGAGAGCUCGGUGGACCUGUACAGCCAGGUGCUGCUGACAGGGUGUCGCUGUGUAGAGUUGGACUGCUGGGACGGAGACGACGGAUCUCCCCUCAUUUACCACGGACACACCUUCACUACCAAGAUUGCAUUCCGGUCCGUUGUGGAAGCUAUCAAUCGGAGUGCAUUUGUCACCUCACCCUACCCUGUGAUAUUGUCGAUUGAAAAUCAUUGCUCGCUCCAGCAGCAAACUCGAAUGGCUCAGAUAUUUCUGAAUGUGUUCGGAGACAAAUUGGUCAAAAACUUUUUAUUUGAAGCCGACUUUGGAGAUGAACCACAACUACCUUCUCCUCUUCAAUUGAAGUACAGGAUUCUGGUGAAGAACAAGAAGCUAACGGCAGAGAUACCAGCCUGGCCAAUACAGAGGGGAGGAGGGGGACGUGCUAGUCAGCGACCCCCACAGUCAGGGGUGGCAGGGACCGGCAGAGCAUCAUCUAUCAUCAGCAACACCAGCGGCGGCAGCGUCAACGAUGACUUCAGUGAUGAUGAUGAUGAUGACGAUGACGAUGAUGAUGAAAAUAUUGAUGUGCAGUGCGCAGGAGGAGCCCCUGUGUGUCCCAGGACAGAUUCUAUGUCUAGUCAUGAGAGUGCACAGAAGACACCAUUGAGAGGUACAGGCAAGUCUCCUGCCGUGCCACAGGUGGAUGUCGACUGGUCUGGCUACCUGGACGAUGAACCCAACAUUCACAAGGCCAAGAAACAGAGCAGUCAGAUAGCCAAGGAUCUCUCGGACCUAGUCAUAUAUGUCCAGGCAAUUAAGUUUCGGGGCUUGAACACAAUCAGUCCUAACAGCUCAGUGAGAUGCAAGCGAGCAGGUGCUGUUGUAGCAGCCACAACAUCGUCUGCAAUGCUCAAGAAGAGCUCUGGCAGCUCUGUGACGCUAGCCAGCUCGGGUUCCCCAGGGGCUUCUAUCCACGUAGUAGCUGAUCACGGGGUACACGCCAAGCGACCCAACAGCAACCACCCAUGCUACCAGACUUCCUCACUCAACGAGAACUCUGCCAAGAAACUGUGUCGCAAACAACCUCACCCUCUCAUGGCUCACACCGAGACCCAGUUGGUGCGAACAUAUCCUGCUGGAAUGAGGAUUGACUCCUCCAACUUCAAUCCUGUGAUAUUUUGGGCCUUUGGUAUUCAAAUGGUGGCCCUCAACUACCAGACAGACGAUGCAGCCUCCCAUCUCAACGCAGCAAUGUUUGAGCAGAAUGGUCGUUGCGGUUACGUACCCAAACCACCCGUCAUGAGGGAGCGCACUCACAUGAUGUACCGCAGGUUUAACCCGUGGGAGAAAGAGUUUGACGGGCUGCAUUCAUCUCACCUGAUACUUAACCUAGUGUCAGGUCAGUACCUCUGUCACAGCACCAGCACUGCUCCAGGCACCAAUAUUGUGGUGGAGGUGGAGCUUAUAGGCAUACCUGUGGACUGCAACAAGCAACGCACCAAGAACCCCACCAGGAACUAUGUCAACCCAAUCUUCAAUGAAACUUUUUUCUUCAAGGUUAUGUUUAGAGAUUUGGCAUUUCUGAGGUUCAAUGUGUUGGACCAAAACACAAACCAUGUGUUGACUCAGAGAGUGAUGCCCCUCAAGUGCCUUCGUCCUGGUUACCGCCAUGUCCGACUGCGGAACCUCCAGAACCAACCUUUGCCUCUCUCAUCACUCUUCAUCUGCUCCAGGACAGAGGAGGAGAGUCUAGAUGGUUCACGAGAGCAGCGUGGCACUAUUCAGGAGGUGAGACCAGACUCAAGUGCUCGUCUGCCGGGAGUUAAGAGACGAAUGUUCUUCCUGAUGGUGUACGGGGUUGUACCUGAUGAGCCCUAUACCAUUCUCAAAAUCACACAGGAGAGUACGACACAAGAGGUGAUCCUGCAGGCCCUAGCCAAGGCUGGGGUGGGAGCAGAACGGGCAGGGGACUAUGUGCUGGUAGAGGAGGUUGCUCGUGGCUGGGGAGGCAAAGAGAAGGACGUCCCUGCAAGCCAACGUGUGCUCGACCCUCAGGAGAGGCCACUGCAGGCUCAGGCCCAGUGGCAGGGUGUGGGCAAGUUUCUUUUAAAGCGUCUCGGAGAUGACCCUAGCUCUCGAGCGUGGUUGUCCUCUAUCCGUUCCACACGCAAUGUAAAGCAAGCCCGCACUUGGGAUGAGGCAGACAAUUUCUUAGUUUGUGUCUACAACGUGUCUCCUGAGAUUCCGUAUGCCAUUUUAAAAGUACCCCUGAGUGCGUGCGCUCAAGAUGUUCUUGCACAAGCAUUGGUGAAAGCGAGGCGGCUGGAAGACCCUGUUAAGUUUGUUUUAGUGGAAGAACUAGAGUGGCAAAGUGGGGGUGGUAGAGUGCAACGAGUUUUACCCGACGAAGAAAAUAUUUUUAGAACUCAGGCUCACUGGCAGACUAUAGGUAGGUUCAUUCUAAAAGAGAGAGAAGUGCGAAAGAGCGGUGCUUUACGACCGGCGUUGGACAGACUCAGUAAAGGUUUGAGUGCAACAUUGAGUGACCCAACUACUACGGCCAAGUCCAAGUUUCCUUUGAGUGGACUCACACGUCGAGGGAGCCGAGAGCCUACCACAAGCCACCGAGAGGUCCACUCGGAGGGGGAGACACUCAGUGAUGACGACGGGGAUCUACUUACAGCCGUGGCCAGGUUAAAAAGGGUUUCUCUGAGAAAGCUCAAAGUCUGGAAGUCAUGAUUGUUAAUAAUCUGCUGCUUGUCUGGCUCUAUCUAGUAACAAAGACAAUACUGUUUGAGCCCUUGUUAUCCCUAGUUUGUAUCUCAAAUUAUUUAAGAAAUGUUGUAAACUAUUUUGAGAAUAAUCACCGACUCUAGUCAUGAUCAAACUCUCUGUGAUACUAUACGUACUAAUAAAAAUGUGAGAAGAUUUUACUACAUACUACUUUUUUAUUUUAGUUUGAAAGGGUACUGCGCUUUAACUUCUGCUUUUUUUACCCUAUGUUUUAUACAUAUAUAUAUAUUGUUAAUAUACUAAAUCGAUUGUUGCAAAAAUAUUUUAACUCUUGUAUUGAGAUACUGGAUAUUAAGUUUUUAGAUAUUUAUUUUUUGUUGAUAUUCAAUGUACCGAAGUGGAAUUGUUAUGAAACUAGUCGGCUAGAUUCAGUAAAGAGACUAUUUAUUUAAACUAAAAUAAUGCACAAACAAACACAAUAUCGAGUGACCAAAUGUGUUUUUAUAAUUUCUCGUAUCGAAUUUAAAAACUUUCUAUGAAAUUAAUUUAUUUCUUAUAACAUUUUGUAUAUUGAUGUUAGCAUAUGUACAUAACUAUUUGCAAACUCGUUACUCUAAAAGCUUUACCACAUUGUUAACCACUCACAUAUCCUUGUUAGUAUGGUAAGCACAUCAUGCCUUGUCGACUAUCUGGCCCUAGCCUGCCUGACCAAUCUCUCUUUACAUUAAAGCUGAUAAUUUUGUUUUA